AUGUCCGUGAACGACGCCAAGAGGGUGCACCCUGAAGGGGCAGACCCAGCACUUUCCCAUGAUGACAAGAAAGCACACACGAAACCUGGAAGAAAAUUUGUCAACACUGAGCCAAAGUCCAGGAGAACCGCUCAGAAUAGAGCAGCACAAAGAGCUUACAGAGAGAGAAAGGAGAAGAAGAUGAGAGACUUGGAGGAGAAGGUAGCGGAUUUGGAAGAUAAGAAUAUCAAGGCGGCCACAGAGCAGGACUUGUUAAGAGCGCAGAUCGACUUGUUGAAAAGAGAGCUUGCUCGUCACAGGGGUCAUCUGGACUUCUCCGAUCUCCAGUUGCCUACGAGCGUGCCCAAGUUGAGUCAUCCCAACCCACAAAGAAGAGAGCCGUCAUCCGCGGAUUCAGCUCAGAGCAUCACGGCCUCUAAUAUUGGUGUGGGGUUCCCUUGGUCUCCGGAAAAUCUUCAAGCAGGCUCUGUCAAUUCAGAUAACUCAAGCCAGCACUUGCCCGACUUGGUAAGCGGUUCAUCGCUGUCUACGUCUCCUAACGACGGCAACGUUGUGUCUCCAGAUUCUCAACAGCCUGGAUCGCUACCCACACUGCUGGUCGGCAUGAACUUGAGCCCUUCGAAUCAAUUCAACAUCUCUCCAAGGUACGAUGAGCAACUAGAUCCGUUUUGUGUAAAAUUGAGCGAGGCAUGCGGCACGAAGCAACGGCCAAUUCCUAAAUACCGUCGCGAGGGAGGCGAAAUCCCACCCGUCGCGGAGGAAGAUAAGCCACAGCCACCUACUCAGGAGAGGGACUUCCUGGCGCUCUUCUCGCCUGCCGAUAAUAUCAACGAUCCCUUUUUCACCGACACUUCCAACUACAACUUCACCUUGCCUAAUGUCGAUGAUCAGAACAAUGAUCUUCUAUCUUUCUACAACGACAACAACUUCGACGUGUCGUUAGCGUUCAGCAAUCCUACCAACGAGUUGGAAGACAGACAAGAGAAGCCCGAGCUCAUGGCAGGUCUAGUUUCGGAAGAAUCAGCGUACGACCCCUUGAAUUCAGGUUCGGUUAACACGGACUUCAACUUCAACGAAUUUGUCAAGAGUAGCCUACCAUCGGACGUCAGCUCAAGAGCAAACUCCGUAAGCGAUGUCCACAGAUCGACGCUGUCGGUGACCAGCUAUAACUCCACCAGCCCUGUCAUCAAGGAGGAACCGUCCAAGGAGGAAGAAGAGGUGGUGCCAGCGCCCGAGAAGACCAUAAAGUGUUCUGAGAUCUGGGACCGGAUCACGUCGCAUCCAAGGUACACGGAGUUGGACAUCGAUGGCUUGUGUAAAGAGUUGAAGAGCAAGGCCAAGUGCUCGGAGAAAGGAGUUGUGUUGGACCAGAAGGACGUCAACAAGCUCAUUGAGAGGUCGGUUGCGGACCAUCUCGCACGCUGA